AGCAUCUCUCCUGCGCCGAGUUUCGGGAAACCUGGUCGUCGACAUACAUAGUCUCCCAACCCCGGCAAACCUCCCCAUUCACCACCGUCAUCAUCCUUCCACCCCCUCCAAGCCAGCCUCGACGAUGGCUUCUGACGAUUUGCACCCCCUCGCCGAGUCCGGCGUGACGAUUCGGUCCGACAGCGAGCAGUACUCUCAAGGCGAAGACCUGACCGAAUCACCUCCCUCGUCGAACUCACCGGUGAUCCUCUACAAACCACCCACGAUUUGGGGCCUGGUUCGCGGCGCCGCCAUAAACCUGCUUCUACCCUUCAUCAAUGGCAUGAUGCUCGGAUUUGGAGAGUUGUUUGCACACGAGGCUGCUUACAGGCUAGGAUGGGGCGGCACUAAGGUCUUCCCGAUGUCCCGGAGACGAGCGCACCCCAUUGGCCCCGGCCUGGAGGUUCGAGACAAGCAGCGAAGGCCCACCACCGGUCUUGACGACCUGACGAGUCUGGAAUGACUAGGUGGAUGGGAAUAAAGGGCCUGAAUGCUGCAGCGAUGACGAAGUGUCUCGACCCGUGGCAACCGUGAGCCGUCUCUGCAAGACAGCAAGAGACUAUGCUAUGCCGUAGAUGUGAGGCCGCCGCUGGGUGCGACCCUGGGACCGCUUUGGCUUGAACCUGCUCACCUUAGCCAAGACAAAAAAAAAGCAUACAUCUCUGUAGAGGAAGAUGGAAGGCAUCAACAGAAGUAAUAAACGCAGUGACUCCCCUAGAUGGGCAGUGUGGGCUUGAGCGCGGGUGGGCCAGGUCACGGUGAUGAGCACAAGGCUCGCAAUCCGUAUAUACGCAUGCUAGCUUUGCAAACCAAAACCAAACAAGACGAUUUUUUUUCCCUCCUUCGCCGGCAAAAGGUAUUUGCCGAUCUGUAGUUAAAUCGAAAUGCGACCCUAGUCCGAGAUUGAAUCAGCU